CCCAUCACCAGCCACAUCGCUCGGUGAAUUCUGAAAAAUUCAGAUUGGAAGUUUGGAUCAAGUGCAGUUUGGAUCAAGUUUUUCCGAAGCCAGCAUGGACAAGAGGCGGAAGACGGAUGAAGGUCAUGGUCAUGGCCAUAGCCAUGGCUAUUCCAAUAGCUACGCCCGUCCUGCCCGCUUGCCUGUGACCGUGCUCACUGGAUAUCUGGGGGCUGGGAAGACCACGUUACUAAACUAUAUUCUCAGGGAGCAGCAUGACAAGAAGUUGGCCGUCAUUGAGAAUGAGAUUGGCGAGGUGAGCAUUGAUGAUGCCUUGGUGGAACAGAAGCAUCAAGACAUGGCGGAAGAGCUGGUCUUGUUGGACAAUGGCUGCAUUUGCUGCACUGUGCGAGGUGAUCUGAUCCAAACCUUGCACAACAUUGGCAAACGAUUCGCCAGUGGACAGGUGCAGCUGGAUGGUGUCUUGAUCGAGCUCACGGGCAUGGCGGAUCCGGCCCCGGUGGUACAAACCUUCAUCGUGGAUCCGGAGGUGCAGCGCAGCUUCAUGGUGGACAACGUGGUGGCGCUGGUGGACGCCCUGCACGGCUUGGAGAAGUUGGAUGAAUCCAAAGGGGACGUCUCGAAGGGCACGGCCUGCGCGCAGAUCGCCUUUUCCAGCACCGUCUUGUUGAACAAGAUCGACCUGGUGGAUCAGAUGCAGCUGGACCAGGUGAAGAAACGCAUCAAAGAACUGAAUGGCGCAGCCGAGAUCAUCCCUUGCCAGCAGGCCAAAGCGCCCAUGGCGAAGCUCUUCAAUGUGGGAUGCUUCAAUUUGGACAAGGUCUUAGAGGAACAGUACAUGGAUGAAAGUGAGUUCCGCCAGUUCUACACUCCCAAGAUGGACAAGUCGGUGUCCAAUGUGGGUGUUCGUUGCGAAGGUCAAGUCAUGAUGUUUGCCUUCCAGCAGUUUUUGGAUCGCUAUUUGGAUAAAGAAGAAACAGCCAAGGACUUUUUGCGGGUGAAGGCAGUGUUGAAUAUCGCUGGCAGCGAUCGGAAGUUCGUUCUGCAAUGCGUGCACAUGCUCAGAAACCAGGGCUUUACUGAACCCUGGGGUAAGACGGAGAAGCGCGAAAACCGCAUCAUCUUCAUCGGUCGUGGCAUGCAGCCACGCCGACUAGAGUUGACCGAAGGAGCUGGUGGAGCCCACGGUGCAAAAGAUGACGGUACUGGCCUCGGAGCCUGGCCUUGGGUCCGCGCGCCUUGGAUGGCGGACGUCACCGUGGAUCAGCUGCGGGCGGAAGUGCGGAAGUUGCUGGUGGGCAUCGAUCUGAAGACCUUCACCAUAGGGAAGCUGCGCGCUUCCGUUGAGACGGCCCUGGGCUUAAACCAGGGGGAUUUGGCGGAACGGAAGUCCGAGCUGACCGAACUGGUGCAAGCCGAGUUAGCCAACCAGGAGACUCCUACUCCAGCGGCCAAGAAGCAAAAGGUGGAGGUCCCAAAACCAGGUGCACAAGGAAAAGAGAAGAAGGACAAGAAAGUGAAAAAAGAAAAGAAGGACAAGGUUGAAAAGGUGGAAAAGAAGUCAAAGGAUAAAGAUAAGAAACAGAAGAAGGAGAAACAUGAAGCAACCGCUGAGGCUGAAGCGAUGGGGGAAGCCGAGGUAGAGGAGGACAUGGAGACUGGUGACGCUCCAGACGCGGCUCCCGCGAAUGCGGAAGAGGAAGGCCUGGAAGCAGAGGCACCCCUUGUCGAGCCCGAGCCCGACGAAAAGGAGCCGGAAAAGAAGCGCAGCGGGCUGCUGUCUGGAUCGGAGGAUGGAGGCGCUGGAACAAAAAAACAUGUGGAUGGAGGAGAAAAAACUAUGGAACACUGA